AUGACCGACGCCAACAAAACGUCACUUCGUAUAGACUGGUUUGAUGGCACUCUGAUUGAAGAUAUUAGACAGAACGUCUCCAGUAGUUCCCAAUUUGAAGAUGAAGACUCUCCUGAAAUGCAGGCGCAACCACAAAAUCCACAAGAAGUUGAGAAAAAGCCUAUUGGUUUUAAACGGUUGAUGGAUAUAUCACAAUUAAAGCCGCCAAUUCUUAACGUAGAACUGUCUCACAGACCAGAAGUUGCCGAGAUCAGUGCUUUAGGAGUGAGAGAAGAACAUACAGAGACAAUAAGGGACAGUUUCUUUUUUGAAUUAGAGCACCUGAAAAAAGAUAUUAUGGUAAUCAUAAAUCAGAAUCCCAAGGAAUGUCUUCCGACAGAUUGUGAAAAGAGCAAUAAAGAUCCUAAUAACUUUAAAAAUCUUCCAAUUUUUCCAACUAAACAGGACAUCCUUGGUGUCAAUCAAGUUAAAAUUCAACCGAAUAUAAUCAAUGGUACUUACCCAAGUGUUGAACAUUAUCUUGAUCUGCAGUUUAAGCUGUUGAGGGAAGACUGUUUUGCACCAUUACGAGAAGGAAUAUGUAAAUAUAUGGAAAAUCCAUCCAAAAGAAGGCAUGAGAAUAUAAGGGUAUAUCCAAAAGUUCGUAUAAUUAGAACUUUUGUGAGCAACAACAAAGUUGGUCAUCUUGUGGACAUAGCGUGGCAGGAGCGUCUUGCCAAUGGAACUAUUGAUAAAAAGCAGUAUGCUUUUAACAAAAAACUAAUGUUUGGAUCGUUGCUUCUCUUCACGUGUGACCAGUUCGAGACAAUACUAUGCGCUUCUGUGCUAGACUCGAAUUUAAACCUGCUAAAUGAUGGAUAUAUUGUUGUGUCCUUCCAAAAUCCUGUUUCUAACACUAUUUUUACACAACCUUACUUGAUGGUGGAGAGUGAGGUGUUCUUUGAGCCAUACCACAGAGUUUUAGCGGUCUUGCAGAAAAUGAAGUCGGAAAAUUUACCAAUGAAGAAAUAUAUAGUAGAUGUUCAGGCCGAACCACAAACUCCCUCGUAUCUCACGCCUGAGACGAGAUACAGCAUAAAAGACCCCUUGAAUGGCGAAGAAAUAGACUUUCCCGUCCUAGAUUCUGAACUAUGGCCGCCGAACGAAACAAUCGGCCUCGACGAAUCUCAGAUGGACGCGUUCAAGUUCGCCCUGACUAGGCAAUUCGCCGUCAUACAGGGCCCGCCCGGCACGGGCAAAACGUUCUUAGGGAUCAAAAUCGCUUCCACACUACUCGGAAAUUUGUCCCUGGAAGGCACGCCCAUGGUCGUGAUCUGCUACACGAAUCACGCCCUUGACCAGUUCCUCGAGGGGAUCCUUCGCAUCACCGACAAGGUCAUCAGAUUGGGCAGCCAGAGCAAAAGCGUCGCCCUUCAGAAUCACACCUUAAAUAAUAUGCGGGGUAGGACAAAGUCGCGAUACUCCCACAUAUACUCUAGUAAGAGAGCAGAGCUGGAGAGGCUGUACAAAGAAAUGACGGAUGUCCAGACUAAAAUAGAGAAGUGUGAAAGGGAGUUGGUCUGUUACAAAACGCUUAAACCGUAUUUGAAAAUAGAUCGUAAGUCUUACGAGUUGAAAGCGACCAGCGAAGAUGAGAUAGUAUCCUGGCUGUUUGGCCACUUGGACGGGGAAGCGGAGAGUGUUAAUCAAGAGGAAGAGUUGGAAGAUUGGGAGAAGCAGUGCGAAGAGUUGAGCGUCAGCGAUGACGUGGAAACCUGCUUCUCCGAACAGUGGGCUCUCAAAGAGAUCCAAUCCAUGACCAACAGCAUAAAAUACGUGAAAGAUCUGACUCAAGAUGAGAUGGAAUCUCAGAAGAUGGUCGACAGGUUUCAGGGGCAGAUCGAGAAACUUAGGAACAGGUUGAACUAUUUCAAGAAACACAUGGUCAUGUCGCAAACGUGCGUCCAUCCGGAUCCUGAUAUCCCGCAAGUGGAUGAUUUAUAUGAUUUAUCGCCGGAGAGGAGAUGGCGAGUCUACCACUCCGCAGCAACAGCAUUGAAAGACAAGCUUGUCACCACGAUGAACGACUUGAUGGAGAGGCACAACGCGUGCGGCGAGGAGCUGCGCGAAGUUGGCGCCGCCCUGGACGGGGAGGUGGUGCGGGCUGCCAGGGUGCUUGGUGCCACCACCAGCGCGGCGGCCAGGAGCCACAGCCUGCUGGCCAAGUUGCCAUCCCCCAUAGUUAUCGUCGAGGAGGCCGCCGAGGUGUUGGAAGCCCACAUAGUGGCCUCUAUCACCAACCACUGCCAACAUCUCAUACUAAUCGGGGACCAUAGGCAGCUCCGUCCGACCGCCGCCCACUUCAGGCUCGCGCGCGAUUACAACUUAGACGUAUCGCUCUUCGAGCGUAUGCUCCGCAACGGUCUCCACGCGCGGACGCUCACCACCCAGCGGCGGAUGCGCGACGGCUUCGCCCGGCUGCUGGUGCCGGAGAUCUACGAGAGGCUCCUCAGCCACCCCUCGGUGCUGGGCUACCCCCGCAUAAGGGGGGUGGCGGACGAACUGUUCUUCUACGACCACGACCGGCCCGAAGACAGCGAGGACCUGGAAGACAGCUGGAGUCACAGGAACGCCUACGAAGCGGAAUGGUGCUUGGCCCUAGCAAACUACCUGCGGAAACGCAACUACUCGUCAGAGGAGAUAACAGUACUGGCCACAUACGCUGGGCAAGCCGCUCUCAUGAAGGGCUUGAGCAAGAAAUACGAUCUACUGAGGGGCGUUAAAAUCACAGUGGUCGAUAACUACCAGGGCGAGGAGAACAGGAUAGUCAUAUUGUCGCUCGUGAGGAGCAACAAGGACGGCAAGAUAGGGUUCCUGUCGGCGGGCAACAGGAUCUGCGUCGCGAUGUCCCGCGCCAAGGAGGGUUUCUACAUCUUCGGCAACAUGGCGGCUCUCCGAUCGGCCAGUCCGAUAUGGAGGUGCAUUGGGGACAAGCUUCGCGCUCAGAACGCUAUCGGUGGCAGAUUUUCGCUGCGAUGCGACACACACGCGGAAACAUCUCACCAUAUCGACCGCUACGAGGAGUUCAACGUCUGCUUAGCCCCGAACGGCGUCUGUCUGAAGAGUUGUAUAACU